ACGAAGCAUCGUGUCGGAAUCACUCAGAAUUGAGAUAUUUACGUGUAAAUGACACGUCCUGGUCCUGCAAGCACUCUGCUUUGGGACGGGUAAAAGAACAUUUUCCAGUCAAAAUGACGCUCGUCCUGCCUGGGGAUGUUCUCUAUAUGAUUCUGGAUAUCCUCGGAGAUGAGAAGGACUACAACAGCCUGUACCAAUGUGCUCUCUCGUCAAAAUGCUUUACUGAGUUUGCAUUGACAUCUCUAUACAAAUUGUAUAACACCUCGCCAGUAAGAAGCGGAGGAACCGAUGACGAGCAGUUGAGAAACCGGAGACCGGCGCCGACGCUGGCUCGCAAAUGGGCGCUUAUGUGGCGUUCAAUCGUGCUGUCUACGUUCGGCCAGACUUAUCUGCCUUACUAUAGUUAUAUCCGCUAUUUGGAUCUCGAUGAUCUGGAUUAUCUUCUGAAAGACUCGGGGUUUACCGGGAAGAUCAAACAGGAUUUCUUCACCCCUGAAGUACUGGAUUUCGUGUCCAAAGACUAUUCGUCCAAAGGGAGCAAGCGACUUCGUUCCUCGAGGAUUUUUCCCGACAAUGAAUGGAUCAUGACCAAGCUUGGUGGGGCGAUCGUCGAGAGAGCAACAUCGAUACGAGGAAUGUCCUGCAACAUUUCAUCAUCUACAUUAGUCGAAUGGCUCGAACGUCUGCCGUUGUUGCGAACCUUGUCCGUCUGGUCUGGGGCCGCUCUAACAGACCAUGCGGGUGAUAAACUCCGUGCCCAUUGUCCUGACUUCAAGCAACUCACAAUUUACGGAUGGGCGUCCAAGACUGCCGAGACCGACUGCGAGGAGUUCCUGAAUGAAUUGAGCCCCAACACCCUGGAGUAUUUCGAAGUAUUCAGUUACUCUCAUUUAGGCCCGCGCUCGAUCAAGGCGUUGGGAUGCCACCUAGAUUCUCUAAGAGAACUGAAGCUCACAAGCUUGUCCAUCGAAGCGAUCGCGGAACUUCCCACAUUGGCAGCACCACCAGAGCUGGAGGUCUUGGUCCUAACGGACUCAAUCCCCACAGCCAAAACCGACGAGUUCUAUUCCAUCAUAACGCGCGUUGCUGAAUGGAUACGCAGUUGCAAAGCAUUGAAGCGCCUUGAUCUCCGGAAGUUCGUUGACGAUCCGAACCUGCUGUCGCAGGUCCUCACUGAAGACGGGUUUCAACUGUCCAGUCUCUCGUUGGAGGGUUACAUAAUGUCUCAAAGUCGAGCUUUCCACGAGGCUCUUGGCUCACAACAGUCUCUACGAAGCCUCUAUCUCCGCGGAGAAUCAACUGAAAACUACAUCGAAAACGAAGUAUUUGUGCAAGCACUCUUGCAGCUGAACAAUCUGGAAGAGCUUGAACUCAAGGACAUUUCCGAUGGCUUCUCGCUCAACCAUAUUGCAGUAUUGACUCCGUUUCUCCCCCACUUGAACCGACUAUGGAUCAGCGGCGACUACCUGAACGACGAGGUGUGGAAAUCGUUCCAGUGUCUCCCCAAUCUUCGGAGCCUCGUCAUCCACGCCCUGAGCGAGUUCACGUCUCGCGGGAUCCUCGACUUCAUCUCGCGCCUAGGACCGGGCAAUCACGGGUUCAGCUUGUCGAUCUUAAACGCCACCACAGAUGCGAAUAUCACCGAAGAAGCGCAAACUGUAAUCCGCGAGACUCUGAAGACCAAGCUGGAUGGGUCGUUUGAUUUUGGUUUAGCACAAGAGGAAUUCAGUGACAUGGACUCCGACGCUGAAAUGUCGGAUUAAUUGGCCAGUAAUGGCGCCUGGGAGAAACGAGUGUCUGUUAAUUGUUCCUAUUUCGGUAAUCUAAGUAGUUCGUCAGAAGCCCACGCGGGUUUUUCUAGUGAGGAGAGAAAAGGAGCAAUGAUUGGUUCUGGAAAGAAAAUGAAACCGAAUCAAACUGAUG